AUGGGACAGAUUCCUUUGACGCACGUGAUGUAUAGAGGUUCACGUGACGUCAUGAAGUACACCUUUCUCUUCGUUUGCUGUGCGUGCUUGGUCUUUUGCGAAUCUUAUGCAGACAACAAGAAUCAUAAGUUGGUCGUCAUAACACAACAAGAAAAUUCAUAUUAUCCUCCGCCGGUCAAUGGCUAUCCAUCUGCGGUGUUUGAGAUCAACCCUAGCAACGGCAGUAUCAGACUAGCUUGGAAUGGCACGUUAGACUAUGGUGCUAAUAUCUGUGCAUUCGCUACUCCUGCUACAGACAAUCACCUUCUCUAUGUUCUCAAAGACUCUGGCACGCUUCUGACUAUUGACAUGAAGACAGGGCAAACACUGCGCACACAAGCAGUAUCAAGCGCAGACCCACCAAGAUGGUUUAAUUCUCUAGACUAUGAUUCUGCAAGCAAGUCGUUGUAUGCCAUCUGCAAUGCUUCUUACGGAUGGCCGAUGGGUCGACAGUGGUGUCGCAUUAGCUUGAAUGCCAGUAAGACGAAAGCACCGCUGCAAUACAUUCAUACAUUGCCAGGAUGGGGAUAUUCUAUAAACGAAGCAGAUGAUUGUGUAUUCAAUGCAGCAUUUUCUGCAGGCCUCUUCUGGUACAUGACACAGGAUCAUAUCGUUAGAGGUCUCAACAUUGAUAAUGCCACUCUUGAUCGCAUUGGAUUUGCAAAUCCUCAAUCGCUCAAUUUUGAUAUUGCACACAACAAACUGUUUGAUUUGAAGAAGUUGGAUGAUGUAUUCCAGCCACUUAUUGUCUCACAAGUCAAACUUGUUACACCAAACACAACGACUCCUCCAGAUCCUCCUGAAGAAACAGUCACCGAACUGCCAAAAAACUUAACUCUUGUUAGCAUUGGGAUGUCGGCCAUUGACAAUGAGGGCAGUACAAUUUUUGCACUUAUGACUGAUAAGCCAAACCAAUGGAAUCGCCCUAUAAUACCCGACUCAUUGGUAUCUGUUGAUAUGUCAACUAAGAAGACUACUGUAUACAAACUAGACUUUUCUCCAUACCGCUUUCUGGACAGCCAGUGGCGUUUCUCAAGACUCUUUUUUACAUAACUUUUGAAACUGUCAGACUCAGCCUAAGAAGGCUGUCACUGCGUGUAAACGUACUUGUUAGUUCUGAUCAGUCUGCCUUGCCGUUCUUGUGCCACUUUGUGUGGCUGUAUGCAUACUUACUCCAGACCUAUAGGUUGUAAUCGAUACCUGUGUUAGAUUAAAAGAUUUAGUUUAUAUAUCUUCUAUGCAAAU